AUGCCUCUCGGGUGGUAUCUCGCUCAGGGUUUGUGCCCACUUGGUCCAUCUAGUAGCGAUGAUGAGGAGGGCCCCUGCGAGUUGCCUAAUGGCCGAAUCGUUUGCGGUCCACAUGGCCUUGUCGUUUGUGGAAAAUGCUGUACAGAUUACAGCUUCAUAGGCAGUUCUUCGGAUGGAGAUGAAGAUUACGACGAUGACGAUGACAACGAGGAUGAUGAUGAUAGCCCUAUGAUUGAUCCCCCGAUUAACGAGGACGGCGAUCUUGAUCCACCACGUCUCUUUGGAACGGAAAUGAGAAGAGGUACUGGCCAGGUCGUCCCUGAGAGGUUCACUCCACCGACGACUACAAUUAUGCCAACGGAGCUGUUUCGCGUCCAGAAGACUUAUUCUCGAUUGACCAGAUACAUCCACCGCGAUGACCCCCAGACGGUUCUCAUCUUCACUGACGGCGCUUGCUUGAAUAAUGGCCAGCCAGACCCCAAAGCCGGCUGGGCGAUCGUCUAUGGACUUGGACCCACGGGCGAGCCGUUAAUCGCAUAUGGCAGGUUAGAGCGCAAGGGACCUUUUGGUGACGAGAGCAUUCAGAGCAGCAACAGGGCCGAGCUUCGUGCUGUUAUUGCAGCUUUGCGCCUCCGAUACUGGCCUGGGGAAGGCUUUACUACUAUGGUCAUCGCUACCGACUCGGAGUAUGUAGUUGAGGGAUCUACAAAAUGGGCCAGAGCAUGGUCCAGAAAUGAUUGGAAGACAGAUACAGGCGCGGACGUCAAGAACAAAGACAUGUGGGAAAUGCUCCUGGGCGAAUUUGAGAGAUGGGAGGAGGAAGGUCUCUCUAUCAAAUUUUGGAGAAUCCCAAGAGACUGGAACAAGACCGCGGAUGCGGCUGCGAAGAAGGGUGCUUCAGAGAAUGAGGUGCCUAACCAGUGGGUGGAGAUGCAUGGUGUUCUUUUUUAA